AUGAGCUCCGCCUCGGCUGCAAAGCUCUCCUUCCACGUCGCAGCGUCCUUCACAGCCAAGGACCAUCCAUACGAUCCGUCAACACAUAUCUUCCACUUCAACCCCUAUAACCGUAUCCAGCAGACCCGCAACAAACGGUCCAGACCAGACAGCGGCCACGAUGCCUUCUUCAUCAGUAGGGUGGGGGACUCGGGUGCAGUAGCCCUUGGUGUUGCUGAUGGUGUAGGUGGCUGGGUCGAUUCCGGGGUGGAUCCCGCGGACUUCUCGCAUGGCUUCUGCGACUACAUGGCCUCCACCGCCUACGGACACGGCUCGAUCAAGAACGACCCGACGACAAAAGGCACGGGCGAUAAGGAACCGCUCCGAGCGCAGAACCUGAUGCAGAAGGGGUACCAGGCGAUAUGCGAAGACAGUACCGUCAUUGCUGGAGGAAGCACGGCUUGCGUCGCCGUGGCGUCGCCGGACGGCAAUCUCGACGUUGCCAACCUGGGCGACUCCGGCUUCAUCCAGCUCCGUUUGAACGCCGUACACACCUACUCCGAACCCCAAACACACGCAUUUAAUACCCCCUACCAGCUCUCCAUCGUACCUCCCAGCGUAGCUGCUCGCAUGGCGGCGUUUGGCGGCGCCAACCUCUGCGACUUCCCCCGCGACGCCGAUGUCACCCAGCACAACUUACGCCAUGGUGACAUUAUUGUCUUCGCCACGGAUGGCGUCUGGGACAAUCUCUUCAACCAGGAUAUCCUCCGCAUCGUGAGCCACGUCAUGACCUCCACGGGCGCGUGGCUGAUGACCAAGAACGGCGUCCGCAUCGUCGAUAACCUGAAGCCGUUCACAAAACCCUCCGAGGACGCCACCGAGAGGCCACCCUCCAAAUUCCUGACUCUGCAGAGCGUACUUGCGGCCGAAAUCACGGCCGCCGCCAAGUCGGCCAGCCUAAACCGCAAGGUCGACGGCCCCUUCGCCAAAGGCGUGCAGAAGUACUUCCCGCAAGAAAACUGGCACGGCGGCAAGAUCGACGACAUUUGCACCCUCGUCCUCAUCGCGUCCGAGGACAACAAGGCUGAGCCCAAGAGCCGCCUAUGA